CAAGAGAAAGAUAGACUAGGUACCACAGAUCCAGUUCUUCUAGCUGUACUACACAAAGGCUGGCAGUCUGCAUUUCUUCUCUUGUAGUAAUUAUAUUUGAAAACAGGAGGUUCUGGAAACAGAGGAAAUCAACUAACACUGAACUGUGAAUAUGGCAACAGGGGGUAAAAGAGAGACGGUUUUUGAAAAAGAAUUUGUAUGCUUGAAGGAUCUUAGAAAAAGAACUGAAAAUCAGUACCUUGUUAAACAGGAUCCUGAAGCCCGUUAUCCUGUUCCUCCCUAUCCAAGUCCUGUAGAGUUCCACGUGUCUGAAGUGGUCCAUGUCACUACAAUGUCCAAGAUUGAUGAAAUCCUGGAAUCUUCUGGAUGGAAAGUCAAAGAGCCUAGUGAAGAUGAACCAAGAACCUUCUUGUGGUGGGGUCUUCAUAUUCCUGAUGAGGAAAUAAAGGAGGCAGAAGCUCGCUAUGUGAGCAAAACCUACCCUAAUCAGAGAGUGCGUGACAAUAUUCUUAAAAACUUCACAAAAUCUCCUGUUUUCUUGCCAACAUCUCGAUAUGGAAAUUUCAAGUUCACACUCCGCCUGGCUGAGCUGAUGCAAAUGUACAAGGAUCAGAUCUGUGAAGGAGAAGAGCCAGUUCUCAGAAUCUUCAAGACGGUUCUUUAUCGACAGGAGAUCAUGUACACUGUGCUUAUCCACAGCCCUCAGCUCCAAGAGUAUGACGAUUAUCCAGUUCUGACUGAUGGCCCUGAUGACCUGUGUACAUACAGUGAUGGUGUGAUUACCUGGAGAGCACAAGCAAUUUCAGAAACACACAAAUGCCAGCUAAGUACAAAUGAUAAUGAAGUUUACACAGAAGAAACAAAUAGUGUGGAAUUUUAUGUGUGGGAUCAUGUGACACUGGCAUUUCAUCUGGAGAGAAAUCAAACCCUGUAUAUGGAACAGAAUAGACUGACAAGAAUGAUGACUGCAUGUGAUGCAGGGGAUAUACAACUCAAACCAUUCGAUGAAUGGGUGUCUUUAGAAGAAGCUGAAGACAAAAUAGAGAAACUCAGAGUUAAAUAUGCUGAAUAACACUAAAUAUUGCACAGUAAGCAGAGCAGCAUUACACAUAAGCAGUGCAAGAUUUGCACUCACCUAAUGAACAUUUUGGAUACCAAAACCAUGUGAGGUUUGAGAUAUUAAGGAAUUAAAAUUCUACAUUUUAAAAAUGUUUGUCAUGGUGGACUCUCUGCAGUGGAAAGAAAAAAAGCUGAGAAAAUAUGCUGUUUUGUAAUCAUUCUCUGAUGUGUAGUCAUAUAUGGUGACUUAUUUUAAUUUCAUUGUCAUUAGCAUCAUCACCCUCAAAUAUUAGCCCCAAAUUAGUUCCUAUAAAACAGAUAGUGUUUUGCUUCUACUGUUCAAUGUUCAAUAUGUGGACAAGCACAGAAGGACACCCUGUGUAGCUCCAACACAAUGCAAGGUCUAACACAAUGCAAUGUCUGUAUCUUUUCAUUUGUUUCUACAGCUUGAAUGUAGUCCACUAAACACAAAGCAGUAAUAAAACUAAUUUAUCUAAA